GUGAGGAGGACUAAGCUCUGAGGGGAAGCGAGGCGGAGGAGUCCCAACCUCGGGACUAUUUGUCGGUGACGGGGCCCCUCCGCUCCGUUCUGAAGCCCCCUCCCUUUUCCCUUUCAAGCCGAGGAGGAGCGGAAGGAUCUCCCGAACGGGGGAGGGGUGAUGGGGUCGAGGCAGCAAAAGGGAGCCGAGGCUGAAGGCACAGAAGCCCGCGGGAGGCGGGAGGGGGAAGGCCGCGCCGCGCAUGCGCAGGCCCCGUUCGCCUUCUUCUUUUCUUUCCCCCCGACCGGGUUCGCCUCACCUUCCUCCCGCCUCGGUUGCGGGGGCUCUCCUCUGGGGCUGCCUUCCCCCUUCUUCUCCUUCUCCUCCUUCCCCGAGGGGGGCACCUAAACAAGGCAGCCAUGGCUCAGAUACUCCCCAUAAGGUUCCAGGAGCACUUUCAGCUCCAAAAUCUCGGAAUUAAUCCAGCGAAUAUUGGAUUCAGUACCUUAACGAUGGAGUCUGACAAGUUCAUAUGUAUCAGAGAAAAAGUGGGCGAGCAAGCACAAGUUGUGAUUAUAGACAUGAGUGACCCAACAACUCCUAUCCGGCGCCCAAUCUCUGCAGAAAGUGCCAUCAUGAACCCUGCCUCUAAAGUAAUUGCUCUGAAAGAUGCGGGGAAAACACUCCAGAUUUUUAACAUUGAGAUGAAAAGUAAAAUGAAAGCACACACAAUGGCUGAGGAGGUCAUCUUUUGGAAAUGGAUAUCUGUAAAUACAGUUGCCUUAGUGACAGAGACAGCCGUUUAUCACUGGAGUAUGGAAGGAGACUCUCUGCCACAAAAGAUGUUUGACAGACACGCCAGUCUUGCAGGUUGCCAAAUCAUCAACUACAGAACAGAUGAAAAUCAAAAGUGGUUGCUUCUCAUAGGAAUCUCUGCCCAGCAAAACCGUGUGGUUGGUGCUAUGCAGUUAUAUUCAGUGGAUCGAAAAGUUUCACAACCUAUAGAAGGACACGCAGCAGCCUUUGCAGAAUUCAAGAUAGAAGGAAAUGCCAAGCCAUCCACUCUCUUCUGUUUUGCUGUACGCAGCCCUGCAGGAGGCAAGCUGCAUAUCAUUGAAGUGGGUCAGCCUGCAGCUGGAAACCAGCCCUUUGUCAAGAAAGCAGUUGAUGUGUUUUUUCCUCCUGAGGCUCAAACCGAUUUCCCAGUAGCAAUGCAGAUUGGAACAAAGCAUGGUGUUAUCUAUCUGAUCACAAAAUAUGGAUACAUUCACAUGUAUGACUUGGAGUCUGGAGUCUGCAUCUACAUGAACCGUAUUAGUGCAGACACCAUCUUUGUGACUGCACCUCAUGAACCUACGUCUGGUAUAAUUGGAGUAAAUAAAAAAGGGCAGGUACUUUCUGUUUGUGUGGAAGAAGAUAACAUUGUAAACUAUGCCACAAAUGUUCUCCAGAAUCCUGACUUAGGUCUCCGUAUGGCUAUCCGAAGUAACUUAGCUGGAGCAGAAGAACUCUUUGCCCGAAAAUUUAAUACUCUUUUUGCACAGGGAAACUAUGCAGAAGCAGCCAAAGUGGCAGCAUCUGCACCAAAGGGAAUUCUGCGGACAAGUGAUACCAUUAGAAAGUUCCAGAGUGUGCCCGCGCAACCUGGUCAGGCCUCUCCCUUGCUACAGUACUUUGGUAUCCUCCUUGAUCAAGGUCAGCUCAACAAAUUUGAGUCGCUGGAGCUCUGCCGUCCUGUCCUUCAACAAGGCCGCAAACAGUUGCUAGAAAAAUGGCUGAAAGAAGAUAAGCUGGAAUGCUCUGAGGAGCUGGGAGAUUUAGUAAAGACUGCUGACCCAACCCUUGCCCUCAGUGUUUAUCUCCGUGCGAAUGUACCAAACAAAGUAAUUCAGUGUUUUGCAGAAACUGGUCAGUUCCAGAAAAUUGUUCUUUAUGCCAAAAAGGUUGGCUAUACACCAGACUGGAUUUUCCUAUUGAGAAGUGUGAUGAGGGUCAGCCCAGAUCAGGGCCUUCAGUUUGCUCAGAUGUUGGUACAAGAUGAAGAACCCCUGGCCAACAUCAAUCAGAUUGUUGAUGUAUUCAUGGAGAAUAGUUUGAUUCAGCAGUGUACCUCCUUCUUGUUGGAUGCCUUGAAAAAUAAUCGACCUGCUGAAGGUCACCUUCAGACUCGUCUGCUUGAGAUGAACCUCAUUCAUGCGCCACAGGUUGCAGAUGCCAUAUUAGGAAAUCAGAUGUUCACGCACUAUGAUCGUGCCCAUAUUGCACAGCUUUGUGAAAAAGCAGGCUUAUUACAGAGAGCGCUGGAACAUUAUACUGAUCUUUAUGAUAUCAAGCGUGCUGUUGUUCAUACCCAUCUUUUGAAUCCAGAGUGGCUUGUGAAUUUCUUUGGUUCUCUGUCAGUUGAAGAUUCUGUGGAGUGCCUUCGAGCUAUGCUGUCUGCCAACAUCCGACAAAAUCUGCAGCUCUGUGUGCAAGUAGCUUCUAAGUAUCAUGAACAGUUGGGCACGCAGUCUCUUGUGGAGCUUUUUGAAUCCUUUAAAAGUUAUGAAGGGCUCUUUUAUUUCUUGGGCUCUAUUGUGAACUUCAGUCAGGAUCCAGAUGUCCACUUCAAAUAUAUCCAGGCAGCUUGCAAGACAGGCCAAAUCAAAGAAGUGGAAAGGAUCUGCCGUGAAAGCAACUGCUACAAUCCAGAACGAGUGAAAAACUUCCUGAAGGAAGCCAAGCUUACUGACCAGCUUCCCCUCAUCAUUGUUUGUGACAGAUUUGACUUUGUUCAUGACCUGGUUCUCUACCUGUACCGUAACAACCUCCAGAAAUACAUUGAGAUCUAUGUUCAAAAGGUAAACCCAAGCCGUAUUCCAGCAGUGGUCGGAGGGCUUCUUGAUGUGGAUUGUUCUGAAGAUGUCAUUAAGAACUUGAUCAUGGUGGUGAGAGGCCAGUUCUCAACGGAUGAAUUAGUUGCUGAAGUAGAAAAAAGAAAUAGGCUUAAGUUGCUUCUGCCAUGGCUUGAGUCCCGAAUCCAUGAAGGCUGUGAAGAACCAGCAACACACAACGCACUGGCUAAAAUCUAUAUUGACAGCAACAACAACCCAGAACGCUUCUUGCGGGAGAACCCUUUCUAUGAUAGCCGGGUUGUAGGCAAAUACUGUGAAAAGAGAGACCCGCACUUGGCAUGUGUUGCUUAUGAGAGGGGGCAGUGUGAUCUUGAGCUCAUCAAGGUCUGCAAUGAGAACUCCUUGUUUAAGAGUGAAGCACGUUACCUAGUACGCAGAAAAGAUCCAGAACUGUGGGUCAGUGUUCUGGAAGAAAACAAUCCAUUCCGAAGACCACUCAUUGAUCAGGUUGUCCAGACAGCAUUAUCGGAAACACAGGAUCCAGAGGAGGUUUCUGUGACGGUCAAAGCCUUUAUGACUGCUGACCUGCCCAAUGAACUUAUUGAGUUGCUUGAAAAGAUUGUUCUGGAUAAUUCUGUCUUCAGUGAGCAUAGGAAUCUCCAGAAUCUACUAAUUUUGACUGCCAUUAAAGCAGACCGUACACGUGUGAUGGAGUACAUCAACCGUCUGGAUAACUAUGAUGCCCCAGAUAUUGCAAAUAUUGCUAUAAGCAACGAACUUUAUGAAGAAGCUUUUGCCAUCUUUAGGAAAUUUGAUGUGAAUACUUCUGCGAUUCAGGUAUUGAUAGAACAUAUUGGCAACUUGGACCGUGCUUAUGAAUUUGCAGAGCGAUGUAAUGAACCAGCGGUUUGGAGUCAGCUGGCAAGGGCACAGCUCCAAAAGGACUUGGUUAAGGAAGCCAUAGACUCUUACAUAAAAGCUGAUGAUCCUUCUGCCUACAUGGAAGUUGUUCAGGCAGCCAACAGAAAUGAUAACUGGGAGGAUCUGGUUAAAUUCUUGCAAAUGGCUAGGAAAAAGGCAAGAGAAUCUUACGUUGAGACUGAACUUAUUUUUGCCUUGGCCAAAACGAAUAGGCUGUCAGAGUUAGAAGAAUUUGUCAGUGGCCCUAACAAUGCUCACAUACAACAGGUUGGAGAUCGCUGCUAUGAGGAAGGCAUGUAUGAUGCAGCAAAGCUGCUGUACAACAACGUUUCUAAUUUUGCCCGCCUGGCAUCUACACUAGUUCAUCUUGGAGAAUACCAAGCAGCAGUCGAUAGUGCCCGUAAGGCCAAUAGCACCAGGACAUGGAAAGAGGUCUGCUUUGCCUGUGUGGAUGGAAAGGAGUUCCGGCUUGCACAAAUAUGUGGCUUACACAUAGUCAUCCAUGCUGAUGAGCUUGAAGAACUGAUCAGCUAUUACCAGGAUCGUGGAUACUUUGAAGAGCUGAUUGCCCUCUUAGAAGCUGCUCUAGGCCUGGAGCGUGCUCAUAUGGGAAUGUUCACUGAACUUGCCAUCUUGUAUUCUAAAUACAAACCGCAGAAGAUGAGAGAGCACCUGGAACUGUUUUGGUCCAGAGUCAAUAUUCCAAAGGUGCUUCGAGCAGCAGAGCAGGCCCAUCUCUGGGGGGAGCUGGUUUUCCUCUAUGACAAAUACGAAGAAUACGAUAACGCAAUAAUUACAAUGAUGAAUCAUCCUACCGAUGCGUGGAAGGAAGGGCAAUUCAAGGACAUAAUUGCCAAGGUAGCCAAUGUGGAACUAUAUUACAAAGCCCUUCAGUUCUACUUGGAUUAUAAACCUUUGCUGAUCAAUGAUCUCCUUCUGGUAUUAUCUCCACGGUUGGAUCACACCAGGACAGUCAGCUUUUUCUCCAAGGUUAAUCAACUGCCUCUAGUGAAACCUUACUUACGCUCAGUCCAGAACCAUAAUAAUAAAGGAGUCAAUGAGGCUCUGAACAAUCUUUUGACAGAAGAGGAAGACUAUCAGGGCUUGCGAGCAUCCAUUGAUGCCUACGAUAACUUUGAUAACAUUACACUGGCUCAGCGCUUAGAGAAACAUGAAUUGAUUGAGUUCAGACGUAUUGCUGCUUACCUGUACAAAGGCAAUAAUAGAUGGAAACAGAGUGUGGAGCUCUGCAAGAAAGAUCGUCUUUAUAAGGAUGCGAUGCAGUAUGCUGCAGAAUCCAAAGAUGCUGAACUGGCAGAGAAACUGCUUCAGUGGUUUCUGGAAGAAGACAAGAAGGAGUGUUUUGCAGCAUCUCUAUUUACAUGCUAUGACUUGUUGCAUCCUGAUGUGGUCCUUGAGCUGGCAUGGAGACACAACAUUAUGGACUUUGCAAUGCCUUAUUUCAUCCAGGUGAUGAGGGAAUACCUUACCAAAGUUGAUGGUCUGUUUAAUAAGGUGGAUAAACUUGAUGCUUCCGAAAGCCUAAGGAAAGAAGAAGAACAAGUAACGGAACCCACUCCAAUAGUUUUUGGUCCCUCCAUUUAAAGGAAGUUCAUGACGGUGAGGCCAACAGUUGAUGCUAACGGCAGGCCCCACUGCAGUACCUCCACAAGCCAACUUCUCAUAUGGGUAUCCAGCACCAGGAUUCACCCACCCGCCAGUUUACGGUUUCAAUAUGUAGCUUGCGACCAUUUUAACUGGUCACCUUCUCUCUCUGUCCCCUUUUACUUUUUAUUUUUCUUUUCUUUUGGGUUUGUUUGUCCAAGGAGGCACAGAUGACUUCCCGCAUUGGCUUGAAUGCCUUUGCAAUCCCAUUCAGAUCAGAGCCAUCCAAAGGGCACUGUGUUAUUUAUUGCUAUGUCCUGUUACAUUUCAACUUCUAAAGAGGCAGCUUCCCACCUCCAUUUUCACACACACCCUUUUUUUCAUUUCUCUUUUUGUUACUGACAUUUCAAGGCUCUGUCUGAAGGGGAGAUGGCACUUCCACAAAACCAACAAACAUAGCAAUAACUUCUUGAGGCCAGGAGGGGGACAGACAUGCUGGUGCUUCUUGCCCUUUGUAGAAUCUCCAUUUUCACCUAGAGAGUCUCCUGGCAGCAAGCUGUUAAUGCUCACUCCUUCCAUGCACACACACACACCCCAUUUAUUUUUGGGGCCAUGCAGAGGGAUGGGGUGCAAUUUAUAGAAUGUUGCGCAAAUAUAUAUAUAAAUAUCUAUGCCUUCUGAAGUACUGCUUGAAACUGUUGGAGAAUAAAUUGGAUCAUAUCUCAGAGCAGACACUUCCCAGAUCUUUUUUUCCCCUCCCCAUGGUACAUGGAAAUAUGACAACUUGGGGGCAUCAGAUAAUACACCUGAAAAGCCCCAAAAGAAACUCAUCUGUGAGACUGGAGAAGCAGGGGUCUGAGACGGGGAUACAGCCACAACGCGUACCAAGAGAACUGUUUGGGCAAGACGCAAGGGCAAACUUCUGCUUUAUGUAUCUUGACACCGAAGCACUAUGCCAGUUGCUUUUCAUUUGAACUUCUAAACCUUCUGGGCAUUUGAAGAUGCCUUGUUGAACUGACAACAGUUUGUGAUUUUUUUUUCUGGCUCUGUUGGGGUUGUAACAUGUAAAUGGUAUGCCCACCAUUCUCUCCCUCUCUCUCCUUCCCCAUCUGCCCCUCUUUUCCUCCCCAACAGAGAUUGCCAACAGAGAUGUACUACUUUGUGCCACUCUUCAGAGACAUAUAUCAUUAACAUUUUAUGUACUUAAAACUAGACAACAAUGUAUAAUUUAUGGCUAUGAAUCUUGUGCUAAUCAUGAAUAUUAUGAAAGUCCAAUUAUAAACAUAAACCAAAGCAUUA